AUAAUCGCCCGCCUGCAAAUGCAGCCUGAACUUCCUGCAGAACUUAAACACACACAUACACACGCGUGCACACAUUAAGGCACCUCUUAAAAACAGGCAGCAUUAGCUCUGACAACAAGCCAGCUUGCACAACAGAGAGUAGGCAAUGAGCGGCGGGGUGUGGUUUCCUGCACUGGGGCUGGUGGCCUGGAUGUGCUGCCUCAGUCUGGGGCCCGUUCAGGGGGGGAAGGUGCUGGUUAUGCCUGUGGAUGGGAGCCACUGGCUUAGCAUGAAGAUACUGGUUAAGGAGCUCACCCGCAGGGGCCAUGAGGUCUUGGUCCUGGUGCCUGAAACCAGCCUGUUAAUCCAUGGCUCAGAGAGCUACAAGACUGAGAUCUACCAAGUGCCAUACACCAAAUCUGAACUGGAUGGAAAUUUCAACCAGCUGAAGGAUGGAGUGUUCCUCAAGCCACCAGGAAUUUCAGAUUUGUUUGUCAAUGUGGAACGUUUGGUUAACUUUACUUCAAUGCAGGUGAAAGGUUGCGAGAGUUUGCUUAACAACCAGCCUCUUAUGAGUCAACUGAGGAAAGGGGGCUUCGAACUUGUGCUAACAGACCCCUUCCUUCCCUGCGGCUCCGUCCUGGCUCAUGAUUUCUCCAUUCCAGCUGUUUAUUUCCUGCGGGGACUUCCAUGUCAGCUGGAUGUGAAGGCUAACCAGUGCCCCUCUCCUCCUUCCUAUGUCCCUGUGUUCUUCUCUGAUAAUACAGACACCAUGACUUUCCCACAGAGAGUAAAAAACAUUCUCAUGUCUUUUGUUGAGUCCUACUUAUGCAAAGUAAUCUAUGGUCACUUUGACGAUCUGGUCAGCAGGUACUUUGAAGACAGCAUGACCUACAAGGAUCUUCUUAGUCAUGGUGCUAUCUGGCUUCUCAGAUAUGAUUUUACUUUUGAAUGGCCCAGACCCGUCAUGCCAAACAUGGUUUUUAUUGGAGGUAUCAACUGUGCAAAGAAAGCUCCUCUGCCAGCGGACCUGGCGGAGUUUGUGGAUGGCUCAGGAGACGACGGAUUUAUUGUCUUUACCCUGGGCUCAAUGGUGUCCAACAUGCCUGAGGAGAAGGCUAAACACUUCUUUGAUGCUUUUCGUCAAAUUCCUCAAAGGGUUGUCUGGAGGUACACUGGAGUCACACCUGAGCAUGUACCUAAGAACGUCAGGCUUAUGAAGUGGCUACCUCAGAACGAUCUGCUAGCCCAUCCCAAGGCUAAAGUUUUCAUUUCUCAUGGAGGUACCCAUGGUAUCUAUGAGGGUAUCUGUAAUGCUGUACCCAUGUUGAUGUUUCCACUGUUCGGGGACCAGGGAGACAAUGUAUAUCGCAUGGUGGUCCGUGGUGUUGCGGAGACACUCAGUAUAUAUGAUGUGACGACUGAAAAAAUAUUGGCUGCACUAAAUAAUAUCAUCCAUGAUAAGAGUUACAAAGAGAAAAUAGUGGAGCUGUCUCAGAUUCACCUGGACCGUCCCAUUGAGCCUCUGGAUCUGGCUGUUUUCUGGACCGAGUUCACCAUGAGACACAAAGGAGCUACACACCUGAGAGUGGCUGCACAUGAGUUGAACUGGAUUCAGUACCACAGCCUGGAUGUCAUCUGCUUUUUUGUUAUAAUUCUCCUAACUGUUCUGUGGGUGACACUGAAAUGCUGCUUGUUCUGCACCCGCAAGUGUUGCAGAAGGGGAACUGCGAAGAGAAAAUCCGAUUAAUGUUUUUAAUGCAUUAGGGUUUAUAAAUUCUGUGAUGAAGUGAAUAGUGGAGGUUAAAACACUGCAGUGAGAUUUCACACUGAUGUAAUGUAUGUGUGUGUGUAUAUGUGUGUGUAUAUGUGUGUUUGUAAAAUCUCAGCCAAAGUGCCAUCACUACAUUGUCUUAUACAUUCACAGCAUGAUGCUGUCAAUGAUUGACUGAAGCCAUCAUUUGGAAAACAAACUUCCAACCAAAUAAAUUUUUUUAAUUACUUGGUCAUGGACUUGGAAUAUUAUAGGUAAUUGCUAUAUUUCUUAUGGACAACACAUGGUCUGAUACAUUAUUCUUUUCCUGUAACAAAGCACUUCAGCCAAUGCAAUAGACCCUUUCACAGCCAUAUUAGAGCUCCACAGCUCAUGGCACAAUAUCCUCAGAAAAGCUAAUCGCAUUUUUGAACUUAAAUCAUUAACGUUGGUGUCUCACUUGUUGCAAAGACACUGUGCAUAUCUGCUUUUAACUUGCACCUUACCAUUUAGAUACAAAUAGCUUAACUUUAACUUCAUUUAAAUGCUCAACUACAUAACAGCUAGCUAACACAGGCUGCUAUGAGUUGGCUGUCAGCCCAAGCUAUGUAGAUCAUCAAACAGUCGGAUAUCUUGCCCUUGAAUAAUGGUUAUUGAAGACACUCUUCACUUUUUUCAACCUCCUAUAAUGAAAGAAAAAAAAAUGUAUUGUAGCUUCCGUUCUACCUUCUACCCUAAGUUCAGCCUUAGUGAGGGAGGAGGAAAUUAUGUCAUCUUGGCUCUUACUUGGUUUGUAUUCCCUUCAGUAAAACUUAACCUGCACUCCAGGUUGCUAGAAAACUAUAAAAAUUUCACUGUUAAAUGCACCGUCAGACUGCAUGAAGACACAUGAAAAAAUGUGUCUGUAAGUUUUUCAUCGUACAUCAGAAAUGAUUAUUGCUGAAUGGGUGAAAAUAGUGUGCAACCCAAAGUGAAAUGCACUAGUCUCAGUUUGAAUAGUGCUCUCCUCUUACUAACUACUGAAUUCAUGCCCAGCAGUGUCUGUUAAUCUGUGUUAUGCACAUGCAAUAGAAGCUGCAACUUUUGCUGUGUUGGUUAACCUCUCUGCCUGCUUUGCAGAGGUUGGGGUCAUGCUGGUGGUAACCUCAUAGUUGUAGUAGUUUAAUGCAAACACUUUCGGUUCUUAAGGAGGCUAUUUAUGUGUAAGGUGUUGGCCUUACUCUGUAAUGUGCCUUGAUGUAAUGUAAGUUAGGAUUUGGCACGAUAUAAAUACAUUUGAAUUGAACUUCUGUGUAGAAUUUGCAUUGUACAAACUGCACAGGUGGCCACUGAAAAGACAGUAGUGAUUUUAAAAGUUGCUGUUAAUGUAAGCUGGAUUUCUCACCUGUUUCAUUAUACAUUUAAAUAUCCUAAAUCUUUCCUUUUUACCAUUUGACUGAGCUACAUUUAACAAUCCUGUCAUAGAAAGUGUUGUUCAUUUGACUUCAAAAUAUGAGUUCCAACUAAUUUACUCAGAAUAAAACUACAACCAAAUACAACCUACAGCCAACUCUGUCCAACUAGACAGCCAUCUCCUCCAGAUGGUUGUCUCCUGGUCCACUGAGACCAGGACUUUGUGGACCUAGCCCCCUAAGAUUCUCUGUAUUGUCAAUGUCACCUCCAUCUGUAAGGUGUUGUGUACUGUUCUGUUUGACUGCAUGCGAGGGCCAAAUAACUCUUCCUGAGGGUGCAAAACAUGGGAAUCACUUGCAUUCAGUUACAAGCCUGCAGGGGCAAUGUAGCACCAAUAUGGAACUUCUUACUAACUUUGCUAGUAUGCUUUCUAAGUACUGACUACUAUUGGUAAAAUUGGUCAAAAGUGAGUUUAUAUAAUUCACGUCAGUUGUACUAACUUCUUCUUUUGACUCAGUGACUUUCCAUCAUGCCACUUGUACCUGGUAACAGAGAUCUCAACACAGACCACUGCAAGUUUUAGCCGUCCUCAUAAACAAUGAUAAGAUGCACAUAUGAGGACUGGAUGAAUCAACUUCUUGAGUGGAUCUUAUGCACACUAAAAUGAUUCCAUCUUGUGGACAGUAGAAAUAAUAGACUAUACUGUAUGAGGCUUCUCAGCUUGCUAAUAAAACCAUUUCUGCUGUU